AACUAAAUUUUUCCAAAAUAAAACCAAGUAGUCGUGCACUGACGCAGUUGCUGCCAAGGACGUGCGCGUGCACGCGUAAACGUUACUAACCAAUGAAGUCACCGUCAGCAUUUGCGUGAGGGGAUUGUCCGCUACAGUGAGACACCUCUCUGUGUCUGGAAAAAUCCUGUCCAUGAGACGGAGAGAGACUGCAGCAGACGAUGUCGGCACAGCAUUCAUAAAAUUACAGGACACUAUGCCAUUUCAGUAAUUCAGACUACUCGCUAAACACAUCUGCUAAAAGUUGAGAUCAUUCACCACCUGAAAGCCAACUGUCUUCAUACAUCAUCUAAACCAUGGUGGACAACCGUUACGCCACAGCGCUGGUCAUCGGCUCCGUGCUGAGCCUGCUCGCUUGUGUUUAUCUCUCUGUCGCCAUGGGAACACCGUACUGGUACCAGUACCACAGCCAGCCGGCCAGCAAUGAUUUCAACAACGGUUCAGACCUGCAAAGGGCAGUGCAAGACUUUGAUGCAGAGGAUGUGGAUGAGCUGAACUACAGUGUCGCUCUCUUCAAGCUUAACGGCACGUUGGGGCUCUGGUGGCGUUGUAUUGUGGUGCCUGAUUCAACAAUGGUGACUAAAUGUCAGGCCUUUACUUUGGCCCAGCAGUGGGAAACCAGGUUCAAUUCACCUGGAAAUGUUAACAGCGAAGAAGAUUUACUCCGCACCUACCUGUGGAAGUGUCAGUUCCUGUUGCCGCUGAUUUCUGUGGGAUUAGUGUUUCUAGCGGCAUUGAUCGGAGUGUUCGCUUGCCUUUGCCGCAGUAUCACACCCACCCUGUUUGUAGGACUUCUUCAUCUACUGGCUGGCUUGUGUUCCUUUGGCACAGUUUGCUGUUUUCUUGCUGGGGUGCACCUGCUACACAAAGAAUCAGAUCUGCCCGAGGGAAUGGUCAGCUCUCCAGGAUGGUCUUUGUUUUUGGCCCUGGUCUCUUCCCCACUGCAGAUAAUGGCCGCCGCGCUCUUCAUAUGGGCCGCCAGGAGUCACCGUAAAAACUACACCCGAAUGAUAGCCUACAGAGUUGCCUAGGCAACAGAAGACCGGCUGUAGCUUUGUCGAAGUGGAGGUACAGUACGCUCCUGCGAGGACACGCCCAUGUUUGCUUUAGCAGCUGCUUAACCACUAAACCAGCUGAUCUUUUUAGAAGGAAACCAUAAGGAUGCACUCCUCACUAAUGCACUGUGUCCACCCAAAGGUAUACUCGCAUAACAUGAAGGAUUUUCUUAUUAUACAACUGACUUUUAAACCACUCUGAUAGACUUUGCUGUACCGGAUGAGAAACUGAAUCAAACACACGCCUUAUGCUCGCAAAGAGAAUAAACACGCAACAUUAGUUUUUCAGA